CUGACUGGAUGAAGGGGGUCCAGCCCUCCUGGGCUUCCUUUCUUUCUCCUUCCAUCUCUCAGCAGCUCGAUCAGCCGAUCUUUCAGCAGGAGUCUGAUGUGUGAACUCUGGGAGUCCAUCAGCACCGCGCGCGUUAUUGUUGGCCACUUUUCCAACAGGACACUCUUCGCGCGUCCUCGAGUUUCAGUGAAUGUUCAAGGAAUGGAAAGUAUUCUGCUGGAAUUAUAAGCUCGAGGUCAAACGGGACAGAAGCAGAUAAAGUUGAAGUCUUUGGAUUCCGGGACUUGGUUUAUAUGAACCUGUUCUCUGGAUCCGUGGACGCGUUGCGCAGCGGUGGAAACUCCGGGUUCAUGUCGCUCUCCUGGAUCAUGGAUCAGCGGACGGUUCGGUUCCAAAUCAUGUGGCUGCUCGUGUGCUCCCUCAUCGCGGUGCUUAGCGGUGAACAUUACCCCACACAGGCCCAGGUGAUGUCCUCCAAAGCGCUGAGGGCUUCAAACACACGCAGCAAUGUAACAGACAGCAAUCGCCUCACAGACUUGUACCGGAAGGAAGAGGUCAUAAUGGUCAAGAGCGGAGGUCACGUCCAGAGCCCGCGCUUCCCCAGCUCAUACCCUCGCAACCUGCUGUUGUCAUGGAAACUGCUCUCGCCUGUCCACACACGAAUCCUGCUGGAAUUCGACGCUCAGUUUGGACUGGAAGAGGCGGAGAAUGGAGUCUGCAGGUAUGAUUAUGUGGAAGUGGAGGAUAUUUCAGAAACCAGCACAAUCAUCUGGGGCCGCUGGUGCGGUCAAAGAUCUCCAUCACGGAUCACAUCCAAAACAAACCUCAUCAAAAUCACCUUCAAAUCGGACGAUUACUUCGUAGCAAAACCAGGAUUCAAAAUCUGCUAUUCGCUGUUGGACAGCUCACCUCUUGCAUCUCUGACCAACUGGGAAGCGGUUACAAUGACGAUCUGGGGGGGAUUUCUGGGACAGGACACCCCGCUGUCUGCGGCCGCGCUGGACAGCGAUAUCGCCAGUGUCAGCACGGUGGAAGAGUUACUGAGACACCUGAAUCCGUUCACCUGGCAGGAAGACCUGGAGCAACUGUACACACAGACACACUACUACAGACCACGAGCUUACCACACCGACCGCAAACACAAGCUUGAUCUCGACCGUCUCUACGAUGACGUGAAGCAGUACAGCUGCACUCCGCGCAAUUUCUCGGUGAAUCUCCGCGAGGAGCUGAAGGUGACCAACGCCGUGUUUUUCCCACGAUGCCUCCUGGUGCAGCGCUGUGGGGGAAACUGCGCCUGUGGCACCGACAACUGGAACUCCUGCAGCUGCAGUGCCGGAAAAACCGUGAAGAAACUACACGAGGUGCUGAAGUUUUCCCCGGGUGCGAGUUUCUACAGGAAGAAAACACGUGCUCACUGGGUUCUGGAGGAGAUUUACCUGCAGCAUCAUGAGAGAUGUGACUGUGUGUGUCAGUCCAGACCGCCGCGAUGAACACACACACACACACGCACUGUCACUGCACUCCAUUCAGACGUAUAUCUUCAGGUCAUGCCUCCAUCUAAACACAAACCCUUUUGAUAACAUAAGACACACACAGCGUUGGGAGACUUUGAUAUGUAGCUUUCUCUGUUUCUGUUUUAUUCUUGAUGUUAAGUGUUAUUGUGUCCAGUAAAGUUCUCACCAAUGGAAUGUAAAUGAAUAUUAAUGAGGCUUUUGCUCUCUGAGACCAAUCAGAAGUCAGAGCUCCCUGAGGGGGCGGUUCCUCCUCCAAUCUGAUCUAAUCCCGUGUUAUUUAUUAAAAGAAAUGUCUUUGUCUUUUUAUAACUGUGAUCAUGCUGUCGCAUGUGGGUUUAGUUUUCAUAUUCUCUUUGUUGUCUGAUCAAAGGUCUUAUUGAAGUGAAUCUCAAAAACAUGUCCAGUUCACCCUAAAAUGUAAAGAAAGAUAAAUAAAGAAGCCUUGUUUUAGGUCUGAUUCUGUAAGUCUGUUUAGAAAAUUUCUCAUAAUAAUGACUUACCAACCAUAUCAUGCUAAUGAGAAACUUUAGCAUGAUAUGGUUCAAAGUUGAUCAAAGUUAUAGCUUGGUAUUUUAUUAAUUCGUCAUUAAGUUUCAGUUUUAUGUAGUAAAAUUUAGGGGGAAAAAUCUUUGAUUCUGUGUCUCAUAAUGAUGUGAAGCUGAUAAUAAUGAUGAUAGUUUCUCAUUAGAUGUUUUCUCAGAAUAAUGACAUCAUCAAUGCAAUUAAUGUAAUAAAGUAAUUUCAAGAAAGUUUCUCAAUAUGUUAAAUCAUUUUUACGAGAAUGAUUCUCAAUACAUAUCAUUAGAAAGUUGCUCAUAUUUAUGAUAGUCAUUAUUAUGUGAAAUUUUCUUGUCAUUAUUAUGAUUUAGAGAAUCAUUUUAUUUACUCAACUGAGACAGAAACAUUACUGUAUUUUUUGACAUUUUUAUUCUCAAAUUCUCAUUACUCAAUAUUUUUACUGCAGCAGUAACAAAAAUUUAGCAAUUGUAUUAUUUAACUCAGCAUGAUGGAAGUACAUCAAUAUUACCAUUAUGUAUAAAUAUUUUUAUAAUUUAAUCUUUUUUACAUUCCAGCAACAAUUUAAGAUUUAUCUUAAUGAUCCUAAAAAUGGGAUUUUCGUCUAGCAAAAUUUGUAUUUAUUAUUUUUGGUGUGAAAUAUCACCUGGACAUGUUCUUUGUCAGAUAUCAUGACAUGAAAACACAUGAGGUGUAUAUGACAGUGGUCUGUUGAUGUUUCAUCAGCCAACUAAAGCACUUCAUUACACACAAACUAUUAUAAUUGUCUUGCAUAGCCUAUUUAUUGUGUGGACAGAUGACAUGAUGUUCUCCGUCUUUUCUCUCGUGUGCGAUGAUCCGCUUCAGUAGCGGGCGGUCCCGGACUCUCCUUUAUCUCCCUGUAAAUCUGCGGGGUUCCUCUGUUCCCUGAUCGGGCUUUAAUUUACCGGCGGCGCGGCCCUGCGGGACUCGUUCAUUCUGCUGUGGUUCAGCGGGAGCGCCGCGCCGCAGGGACGGAUGUUGACGGUGUGGAUUUAGCCUUUAAUUACGAGGCUUUUAAAGCGCUUUUAUUAAACUUCAAGACACGCAAAAUGAAACCAAUGAUUCUCUCUCGUCUCUCAAAAGCAGUCUGUGGAGUAGAGUCCGUUUUGCACCAUUGAUUGAGUCGAAUAUGAUGUCUGUAAUUAGCCAGACCAGUUUUCCACAUGUAUUGUGUCAUAAAAAGCACCAAAAUAAACGAACUCUGUCAUGUUUA